UACAAUGAGUGAUUUUAAGACACCGACAACAAAGAGGUAUAAAAGUAGGGUACAAAGUAAUCCAGAAUUGCAAACACCUAUUAAAAUACCAGCUUCACCGUUUUUAGAGCAAAUAGGUUAUGGAUGCGGUGUUAACGUAUUUAGCCUGGAACGAUCUCCAAAAGUUGGUUUUAUCCGAUCUCCAUGGGCGAUAAAAAAACGUAACCGCAAAAUUCAGGAAAAUAAAAAAUAUAAUGAACGCAUUCGAUUCGAAGCAGAAGUACUUCGUAAAUUAAAUCAUCCAAACAUUGUCGGUUUUCGGGCUUUUACGGAACUUUCAAAUGGCGAGCCAUGCUUGGCAAUGGAAAAAUUAGAUGCUUCUUUAGGUGAUAAGAUAGAAGAAAGACUCGAAACUGGCGAUGAUCCAUUUCCUGCUAAAGACAUUUUAAAAAUAACAUAUGAAAUUGUAAAAGGAUUAGAAUAUUUACAUCAUACUGCCCAUAUUUUACAUGGUGAUAUAAAAAGUUAUAAUGUGUUAGUUUCUGCAGAUUAUAAAACUGUUAAGCUAUGUGAUUUUGGUGUGUCUUUGCCACUUACAAAUAGUCUAGAAAUGUGUACUUCAAAUGAAAACUUCACAUAUGUGGGAACAGAGUGUUGGAGUGCACCUGAAAUAAUAUUUGAGGAUGGUCCUGUUACAAAUAAAGCAGAUAUUUGGGCAUGUGGUCUUGUAGUUUGGGAGAUGAUAGCCUUAUCAUCACCUCAUGUAGAACCCUCAGAAAUGGAUGAAUCUUGCUUAGAUGAUUCAAUGUUAGAAAUGCAGAUGAAUAGCAAUACAAAAACAAAUGAACAUAAUAUAAAUAUAGAUGAUGAUAAUAGUUUUCUUAAUGAAAUAUGCAAUAAAAACUAUGGUACUCGUCCAGCAUUACCUGCUAUUAAUCUAGGAAAAGAAUAUGAGAGAGUACUUGAAAUAUUCUUUGCAUGCACUACUGCAGACUAUAAAGUGAGGCCUAGUGCAAAAGGUCUUGUUAAUUAUUUUAAAAAUUAUGUAUAUAAAUAAUAUAUAGGUGUAUACAUUACUGCUUUUAA